UGUGGCUGGAUUAGAGCUCUCGCACAAUUUCAUAAUGUUAACUAUGUUCACGAGCUUCUAUAUUCUAAUGUUGAGGAUACACGUGAAAUGGUCGCUCUUCCAUCUGACCUCAUGUAUGAUCUCGAAUGCCAGAUAAAUCUUGGGAG